AUGGCACCCUUUCUAGAUGAUAACCUGGGCGCUAGCAGCGGCAUCAAUCACAAUGGCAAAGAAGAUGGAUCAAUGCCCAUAGCGAUCGUGGGCAUGUCAUUUCGAGGCCCUGGAUCAGCAAACAACAUAGAGAACCUCUUCAAAAUGAUCUGCGAGAAAAGGGAAUCACGAACAGCGAUUCCCAAGUCCAGAUGGAACAACAAGGCAUUCUAUCACCCCAAUUUCCAACGUCAUGGGUCCCACAAUGUUGAGUAUGGGCAUUUUUUUCAUGAUGAUAUCUCUAAGUUUGACGCCCCGUUCUUCAACAUGACAAAGGAAGAGGCUGCUGCACUCGAUCCAGCACAACGACUGCUUCUAGAAAGCACGUAUGAAGCACUGGAGAACGGUGGCAUACCUUUGGAGAAGAUUGUGGGAACGAAAACGUCUGUCUUCGUCGGCUCCUUCGCUACAGAUUACACGGACCUUUUAACUCGAGAUCCAGAAUCUGUGCCAAUGUACCAGUGCACCAAUAGUGGACAAUCUCGUGCAAUGAUUUCCAAUAGGUUGUCUUACUUCUUUGACCUUCACGGCCCAAGCGUCACAGUUGAUACAGCAUGUUCUGGAAGUUUGGUAGCGCUACAUUUGGCUUGCCAGAGUCUCCGGGCAGGAGAGGCCAAGUCAGCAAUUGCUGCUGGUGUAAAUGUAGUCUUGAACCAUGAAUUCAUGACCACAAUGAGCAUGAUGAAAUUCCUGUCGCCUGAUGGCCGCUGCUAUGCAUUCGACGAGCGUGGGAACGGUUAUGGGCGCGGUGAAGGUGUAGGAACUGUCUUCCUAAAACCACUUGCUGAUGCUUUGAAGGAUGGCGAUCCGAUCCGAGCUGUCAUUCGAGGAUCGGCUUCGAAUCAGGAUGGUAAAACAUCUGGUAUCACACUACCCAACCCAGUAGCCCAAGAAGCUCUGAUCAAAGAUGUGUAUCAUGUCGCCGACCUUAAUCCAAUUGACACUAGCAUUGUGGAAGCGCACGGUACUGGUACCGCUGCUGGAGACCCUCUAGAACUGCGGGCCUUGACUAAUUCGUUCUGCGGCGCCAAUCGUCCUGAGGAUCGUCCUCUCAUAAUAGGAUCUAUCAAAUCCAACCUUGGUCAUCUAGAAGGAGCUAGUGGUAUUGCUGCUGUAGUCAAGGCUGUCUUAAUGCUGGAACAGGAAGUCAUAUUACCAAACCAAAAUUUCGAAAAACCAAACCCUAGGAUUCCCUUUGUGGAUUGGAAACUGCGUGUCGCUACAAAUGUACAACCGUGGGAUUCGUCAGGACCACUACGCGUAUCGAUUAAUAGUUUCGGAUACGGUGGUUCCAAUGCUCAUGUUAUUCUGGAGUCGACACGAACAUAUCUGACUUCACGAGGUCUUUCCAACGCCCAAAAACACUCAACACAUUUUCUGCGUUACAAGUAUGGAGCAGUAAAUACUACUCCCAAGCCAGUUAAUGAAUUCAUUCAUGAGAAUGGAGCUUCGCCUAUUGAUUCUCCGGUGCCAAAUUACAGUCAUCCGAAGCUUUUCACACUGAGUGUCUUUGAUGAGCCUACGGCUCAACAACAAAUCCAGACUUUAGUCAAACAUCUUCACGAGCGCGGCAUAUACAACCACUCUGGCUUCCUGGACGAUCUUGCCUUCACUUUGAAUGAAAGAAGAACAAAAUUUAUUUGGAAAGCUGCAGUGGUUGCAGCAUCUCCCAAGGAAUUAAUCGACGCUCUUUCCAAGCCUAUAAAGUUUUCACGCUCUAUAAAAUCUGCCACUUUAGGGUUCGUCUUCACCGGACAGGGAGCUCAAUGGUGUGGGAUGGCCAAAGAGCUUCUAGAAGUGUAUCCAGUGUUCAAAACCACAAUUCGCAGAAUUGGAAAAUACCUGCAUUCGAUUGGGGCACCUUUCGACGUCGAAGAGGAGAUCAAGAUGGACCCAAAGGUAUCUAAGAUUAACAAAGCGCUGUACAGUCAACCAAUGUGUUCUGCAGUUCAGAUAGCUUUGGUUGAGCUGCUCGCUUCUUGGAACAUCAGACCUACAUCAGUGACCGGUCAUUCGAGUGGAGAGAUAGCGUCGGCAUAUGCAAUAGGUGCGCUGAGUCUAGAAGAUGCAAUGACUGCUGCAUAUUAUCGCGGCGUUUCUUCUACUAGGAUGCAAGAAGAGCAUAAAGCUAACGGGGCAAUGAUGGCAGCCGGACUAUCCGAGGAAGACGCAACAAGAUUCCUUGCCGAACUCAAGUCUGGUAAGGCUGUCGUGGCAUGCUCAAACAGCCCCUCUAGCGUCACUAUCUCUGGAGAUGUAUCCGCAGUUAGCGAAUUACAAAAAAUCUUGGAGUCCAAAGGCAUAUUCGCGCGAAUGCUUGCUGUCGAAGUUGCUUACCAUUCGCACCAUAUGGAGCUUGUCGCAGAAGAUUAUGCAAAAGCUAUUGCGGGCAUACGAACACGACAGGGUAACGGAGUGAAAUUCUACUCGUCGGUAUACGGCCGAGAGAUCGGUGCGGAUGACCUUGGUCCAAGCUACUGGGUGAAGAAUUUGCUCUGCCAAGUAAAGUUUACGGAUGCGAUGCGUCAACUAUGCUUAGCUCCUGCUAUUCAAAGUAAAAGACGACAAGCCAAGAGACAUAACGUAGACUUCUUGGUGGAGAUUGGGCCUCAUUCAGCUCUCGCUGGGCCUAUCAAGGAGAUAAUCCAGAGCGAUCCAAAGUUGAGAGUUGCAGACAUCAUGUACGCUUCAGCCCUAGUGCGAAAGGUGGAUGCUGUACGGACUGUUCUCGAUUUGGCUGGGAAACUGUCAGCGAUAGGAUAUCAGGUCAACUAUGCGGCGAUGAAUCGGCCCACAGCAGAUCAUAAUGCCAGCGUCUUGGUUGAUCUACCGUCUUACACUUGGAAUCACUCCACAUCAUACUGGGCCGAGCCGCGCCGCAGCAAAGCAUUUCGGAACAGGAUUUUCCCAAGGGUAGACAUACUGGGAGUGCGCGACGAGAACUCAGAUCCUUUGCAGUUGAGCUGGCGCAACCAUCUUCGCACUUCAGAGAUACCAUGGCUCUUGCAACACAAGAUUCAGUCCAGCGUAGUCUUUCCAGCAGCAGGUUUCAUUGCUAUGGCUAUCGAAGCGGCUGCUCAGCGGUCAAAGGAAAGAUUCGCCAAGAAAAUUUCCGGCUACCAGCUUCGUGAAGUCAACAUUGGAACUGCGCUUCUUUUGCCUGAGCAAGAAUCCGUAGAGACAAUACUGACCUUGAAGCCGAUUCGAGAUAGUUCCAAACGCCACUCCGAUACCUGGAGUGAGUUUCACAUAUAUUCAGUAACAAACGACAACCACUGGACGGAACAUUGUCACGGACUGAUUUACGUGCAGCACCAGAAACAGCAAGAGAGUAGCAGAGAAACUCACCUCACUAUUCAGCCAGCAGUAGAGGAGUUUCGGACCACCCUUCCAAUGCCAGAGUUUUAUGAGCAUCUGUCUAGUAUUGGUCUUGAGUAUGGCGAGGUUUUCCAAAAUCUAAUUGAGGCUCGCUCUUCUCCAGAUAAACUGACUGGAGUCCUGAAGCUACCUGCAACGGCGACUGCCAUGCCUUUGGAUCAAGAACACACUUAUGUGAUACACCCAGCUACUCUAGACGCUAUCCUGCAUACGGUAUUUGGUGCUCUUUCUGCCGACAACUGGCUCCAGGACUCUGCUAUCCCGGUUUUCGUGUCGAAUUUGUUCAUCUCCGCGGACAUGCCUUUCCAAGCCGGCCAUCUUCUUAAGGCCAAUGCUAUCAUCUCAGCACGAGACAACCAAACGAUGAAAACAGAUAUUAUAGUUAUAGAUGAUAGCAAAAAUGCGCCAGUGGUACAAUUUUCCGAGCUGGAUUGGAGGUUUCUCCCAAGACCGAUCGAACAAGAAGACAUUGCUGACAACCAUCACGUCGCCUACACACUCGAUUGGGAAGCAGACGUCGAAUUCCUAGACCUAAAAAAUACUCAACAAAUACCUCAUUCUGCUGCAGAUUACUUACGCCUACUGGGUUUUAAGAAUCCCGAAAUCUCUGUAUUGGAUGUAUCUGCAUCUAGCAGCUCCAUACUUUCUUUCUUGAAGGCGUUAGAGAUUGGAAACAGCGCUGCAAAACAAAGAUGCAGAGCUUACACAGUAGCACAUCCUCAAAGAAACAAAGCGGCCCUCGUCAGCGAUGUGCCAGAUCUCCCUUACGACUUGGUCACCAAGAAAGCGCUAGAUCUAGAGAUUGGUCCUCAGACGCCGGAUUUUGAGUUGAAGUCAUUUGACGUCAUCAUUGUGUCCGCUUCAUUAGCAGAUUUCAACAACCCGCAUAAAGCUUUAGGUCAUAUCAAAAGUUUAUUAAGACCGGAUGGCAGGCUUAUCGUGCUUCAUGAGGGUACAAUGGACCAAGAUCCAGUCUUCCUACAAUGGAAAACAUCCUUACAGCAAGCUGGCUUUAUGGAUCACAAGCUCAUUGAAUCAGAUGAUUCGGGUGAAAGGGUAGACCAAGGCUCGCUCUUCGUGGCUCAUCCAAAUCAAGAAUCCAACCCUGCUACUCCCGAAAUCAUAGUCAUGGCCGAAGACCACAAUCAAACUAUUGACACGAGUCAUCUGGCCAGUCUCUUAGGCUUAGAGCCCGGAAAUAUUGAGCAAAGUUCCAUAUAUGAUGUCGCACCUACCGAGAAAAUACUCAUUGUGUGGGAUGCUUCUGGAGAACUGCUGAGCAGUCCUUCAAUUGAGCAGUUUGAGGCUAUCAAGCGGAUUUUCACUCAGAGCAACAAGUUACUCUGGGUGACUUCAGGCAGGGGUCAAGGCUCUCGUCGCCCAGAAUCCAACAUGAUCACUGGACUAGCUAGGACGGCAAGGACUGAGAAUGGUGCAGCAAAACUGGUCACUUUGGACCUUGACGACGAAGACAAGCUGUCGCGGAAUGAUGCCACAAACGUUAUCUCUGCCAUUCUCAAACGUUCAUUCUUAGGAAAUGAACAACAGCAUAUGGCUGAGAGCGAGUAUGUUGAGAGGAAAGGCAUCAUCACUAUUCCUCGGCUCUCGGUGGACGACACACUGAAUCAGGCGCUUGACUCCUAUCUCAAUCCCACAGCCAAAGAGGUCCAACUACUGCAUCACAAGGGUAUCGUCUUUAGUCUUCUUGAUCGCUCUGAUUCUCGUAAGCCGUUUUCUUUCCAGGAGAUUGCCUUUGACGAUGAACUGGAAGAGAAUGAGAUUCGGAUCGAGGUAAAGGCAAUGACGCUGGUCUCUGGAAACAGAGUGAACAUUCUCACCCAAGACAUUAGCGGAGUGGUUGUAAAAGUCGGCGACCAAGUAUCAGGCUUGUUGCCGGGUGAUCGUGUCUUCGGCUCCGUAUCUAAUCGCGUCUCAAACUCAUACAAAGGAAGAGCAAGCGCUUUCCAGAAGAUACCCGACGGAGUACCUUUCGAAAUUGCAGCCUCAUACCCAACUGCUUACAGCACAGCAUAUUAUGCAAUGUACCGCCUCGCCCAUGUUUCCAAGGCCGACAACGUUUUCGUUUCAUCAGCUGCGACCCCUGUUGGUCGAGCCUUGAUAGACCUCUGUGGCAGAAUUGGUGCCAAAGUGUAUGUUGGAGUGAGUACUGACAAAGAGGCGUUUUUCAUGGAAUCUGCCCUCCACUUCCCCAAGGAUCAAAUCAUUUACAACAAUGAAGAGCGCUCGGUUGCAGCGUUGAUUGCAAACACGCAAGGCCAUGGAAUGGAUGUGAUUUUCAAUUCGCUUGCUGGAGAGAUCCUGCAAACGUGUUGGAACUGCAUAGCACCAUACGGUCGGUUUAUCGAGCUCGGUACUCAGGACCUCAUCGAAAAUUCACGCUUGGAGAUGGCAAACUUUAGGAAGAAUACGAGUUUUAGCGCGCUGAACCUUUCUCGCCUCCAGGAAGAACGACCAGCCUUGGCGGACGAGAUAUGGGGGCAGACUAUGGAACUCAUAUCGAAAGACUCAUUUAGCAGUACGGUGCCCAAUCUGCAGCUUUUCAAUGGCGAGGGGAUAAGCCAGGCAUUUGAACGCUUGAUGGACGAAGAGAAUACCGACCAUGUGGUUCUUACCUUUAACCCCAGUGAUCGAGUCAUGGUCCUUCCUACCACUAGCAAAGAUCAACUAUUCCGCGCUGACGCGUCUUAUCUACUUGUCGGUGGACUAGGUGGCAUAGGACGGGCAACGGCGUCGUGGAUGGUUGAGCAUGGGGCUAAGAACCUCAUCUUUGCAAACCGAAGCGGUAUGUCUAAACAGGAAGCCAGAGCUACGGUUCAUGCUUUGAAAUCUAUGGGCGCUCGAGUGCAUGUUCAGAAAUGCGAUGUAAGCGACGCCGAGCAUGUCCGCCAACUGGUUGAAGAGUGUGGGAGUCAAAUGCCACCCAUUCGUGGUGUGAUUCAAGGUGCAAUGGUAUUACAAGAUAUGCUAUUAGAAAAACUCACUGUGGACGAUUGGAAUGCUGUUGUUCGUCCCAAAGUACAUGGAACAUGGAACCUGCAUAAUCAUCUGCCGAAAGACAUGGAUUUCUUCAUUAUGCUAUCCUCCAUCAGUGGUAUCAUCGGAAACACUACGCAAGCUGCUUAUGCUGCAGGGAACACCUUUUUGGAUGCCUUUUCCGGAUUCCGCAAUGCCCAAGGGCUCCCUGCUGUUACUUUGGACUUGGGUGCAAUCUCAGGAAUCGGAUACCUCGCUUCGGAAGAAAACAAACAAUUGUCCAAGUCCAUGCAAGAUCAAGGCUUCAGUAUGACGGGCGAAAAGCUACUCCUCGCGCUCAUACGAUCCGCAAUUGUAGAGCCUUUCGGACGAGGAGGCAAAACACAGACUGUAACCGGACUGGGCACGUGGAGAAGCGGCCGAUCCUUAUCUGCGUUGGAGAAUUCCAUGUUUUCGCAUUAUCGUCGGCAUUCGAAAGAAGCCGAAGUCAUUGCGGAGAAAGAGCAGACGUCAAACGGCAAGAUAUCUGUCAAAGACGCUCUGCGAUCUUCAGAAUCCGUAGAUGAUGCAGCUGGUGUUAUCUGCAAUGGACUGCUUGGGUACCUAGCAAGCAGAUCCGGCGUAUCUGUGGAGAACUUCAGUUCCGAAAUGUCUCUUACAGAAUGUGGCGUAGAUUCCAUUGUUGCAGUCGACGUGCGAAACUGGAUUGCACGAGAGUUGGAAAGUUCCAUACCACUUUUGGAGCUACUUGCAAACCACCCGUUGUCGCAACUGAGCGUGGAUAUUGCUUCGCGCUCGAAAUUAGUGCCAGUUGAGAUCAAGUCACGCGGAGCUGCGGCUACAGCAUCCGCGUAG